AUGGAGUCGCCGUCUACGUCGUUGGGUUCUCCAAAAAAGAGGCUGAGAUCCAAAGUAGAGGAGGAUGAGGACGAGGAAGAGAGCGUCUGUUGCGGGAUUUGCUACGCGGAGGGAGGGGUUUCGGUCGCAGGGGAAAUCGAUUGCUGCAGCCACUACUUUUGCUUCGUCUGCAUCAUGGAAUGGGCUAAGCACGAAUCUCGAUGCCCAAUUUGUCGCCAGAGGUUCUCCAACGUUCGCAGGCUCCCCAUGCACGGCGUCUUUUCCUCCUCUCGGGACGUUAAGGUCCCUCAUCGUGACCAGGAAUCAGGGAAAUUUAAGGCGGUCCACAACAAAGGCAAUUGCUACUGCCUUAUACAUCGCAACAGUCUGCCGACUACCUCCAGCUGCCGCCAGUUGUCGCGGGUCACCAUUAGUCGCUGUCGGGCCCUGCCACUACCAUCGACGUUGUUUGCCGUCACUGUCAUCUGCUGGCGCCGCUGCCCUGCUGUUUUAUUGGGCUUUGGCGGUAUUUAUCAUGCACUUCUGGGACCUGAGACUCUCGAAGAAUCUUUUCCGUUCUUUGGUUAUGCUUAUCAUCCUCAUGGAAAUGUGGCAAUUGGUCUUGUUGAUUCUUAUUAUGCUGAAACCAAAUGCGGUGUUUGUCGUGCUGGGACAGAUGAACAUCUUCUACUACUUUGUGAUCUUUGUGAUACUGCUUCACACACAUACUGUGUUGGCCUGGGUUAUACUGUUCCGGAAGGUGAUUGGUUUUGUCACGAUUGUGCUAUUUCCCGGGAGACCAAUGCCAACGAAGAAUCAGACCAACAAAAUGUGCCAGAGGCUGAGCCAAGUGAACCCGUUGAUAUCUAUGAUAUUGUGAGGGAAACAGGCAGUCGGGUGGUUAUAAGACCAAGGACAUCUCCUUUCCAACAGAACCUGUCAUCUCCUUCUGCUAUACCUUUAUCAGAUAGGUUAAGUAGAUUAAAAGGAAAAAGUCCUGCCACAGGUGUCCAUGAUAUGCAGCGUAGUCUACAGGCAUUUCGUGAAAACUGGAAUGCUUUGAGGAGUGGCUCAUUACAGUUCCAUCGUAAUGCGAAUCAACCUAGAAGCACGGUUAGUCAAAAACAAGAUUCUAGAUCCUUCUCACAUGGAAAAUUAGAUGAUUCACAUUCUAGGGCUUCCACAAGCCUGCAACAAUCCACUGUCCAAGGUGGUCCUACUAACAAAACGUUGAAUGAGAGAGUCUUUAAAGAUGCUGAGAAGGCUUGGAAAAUGGUGGACAGGGCAAAGAGGAUGCAACUAACUAAUCAAAGAACUAGCAACCUUCCGCAGGGAGUAGAUAAACCUUCAUGCAGUGGAGCUAGAAAUACAUCAAUUACACAUUGUAAUUUCCCAUCACUGAAAGAUCAAUGUUGCAAAGCAUUAGAUUUAAGGAACAGUAAGAAAGAGAAGGAGUGUGAGUAUUCUAGGCUCGUCCAGAAUUUGGCAAAUUGCCCGGAUGUAAAGCUCGAAGAGAAAAAGCAAAGUAGGGCUAGAUGUGAGGAUAUGAUACACCGUGUAAGGGACUAUACUAAUUCAGAAGGAUGUUGUGAAUGUCCAUUUUCCAGAAAGGUCGGUACUAAUAUCCAGGGUGGUGUUCCCAGUCGUGAAGAAGAGAGAAACGCUUGCAAAUUAACUUCAGCAGAUUUAGCUUCCACGCAUGGCAAGUUUGUUAAUGUGCGCUCCUCUAGUAGAGAUGUGGUUCUUGUUAAUGAAGAAAAGAGAUUAGCUAGAAGUUGUGAGGAUGGAAGCACAAGAAAAACUGACGAUGCAAAAACUGAGAUCCAGUCUCUUGUUAAAUUGAAUCUGAAGCUCUUAACAAGAGAUAAAAAAUUAGGUUUUGAGACCUUCAAGGCAGUUGCAAGGCAGGCCACCCAUACCAUCUUGGCUGCUUGCAGUUCUGAGCCGCAAAAGUGUAGUACAUCCUCCUCUAGGUCAGUAUGCAACCAUUCCGACGAUACUCCUCAGUUUCAGAAGUCUACUUUAAUGCCUAAUUGUUGCAGGCAAUGCUUUUACGCCUUUGUAAACAAUGUUGUCAGUUCCACCAUAAUGGAGAAAGUGGGUUGCGCUUGA